AUGGAUGUCGGGGCGCCUCAAAAUGUGGCGGGAAAUCAUUUCGAGGAUGUGAAAAGGGUACGCGCCAUGGUGGUGGAUGAUGACCCAAUCGUUCGUAAGCUUCAUUGUAUGUAUCUAAACAAGCACGGCCUCGAGAAUGAGGUGGCAAAAAAUGGCCAAGAAGCCCUCGACCUUUUCGACUCGGGAAAGAGUUUCGAUCUCGUGCUCAUGGAUUUGGAGAUGCCCGAGCUUCGAGCAAUGGGAGUAAAGGCCAUGAUAGUGGGUGUGACCGCUUGUGCCGUGGAGGAGGAGAGGGCGGCUUUCAUGGCGGCCGGUUUGGAUGGUUGCAUUGACAAGCCGUUGGCCGGCCGAGCAUUUAUCGUAAUUUUGGAUGAGCUUGCCCUUAGGGUACUUUGA